UGUGAGGAACUUCUCAGCUAUUCGGGUGUGGCGGUUUAAGCAAGCGGAGAGCAAAAUCAGAGCGCGGCGCCGCGGCUUUCUAACGGCGCACUAGCGGAGGGCUUUCGGACGACACUGAUUGUUAGAGAGGCGUGGAGAAGGAAACAGGACUGGAAAAUCCACACGCCGCGGCGUUUUUCCUUCCAUUUGCCUCCGUUUGGAAGCGUUGUCGAGUGAGCCGUUUCGCCCUCAGCCGGGCUCGAGCUGCAUGCGCGCGAGCGGACCGUUUGAAAUUCUUUCCCAGAAAGUGAUUUUUGGCUGUUGCUGGAUUUGUUAUGAGGUAAUUGCGGCUCUUUAGCGCUCUCUAAGCUCCGUUUGUGAUGCCAAACUACUUAAUUUCGUCAGUUUGGGAUCCUUAGAAGUAGUAGAAGUGCGAGUUUUGUCAUUUUUUCGUCUUUUUUUCUGCUUAUCUUCGUUAAGUUGUUAGCUGUAUAGUUCGCUAACGCUAAUCUCUAACCGCCGAUCUGAACGCAUUUGUAACGGUCAUUUAUUUUUCAGCCUAUAUUUCUGGGCAGAGCUUGAAGAGUUUACACAGUAAGCUAACUUUUUCCCUCAAAAAAAGGGGAAGUUAGCUCGUUCAAGCGGCCAGAGGCCCAAAACCGAACAGAACAGCGAGUAAGAGGAGGGUAAAAUCCUCGUAUUUUUCUCUGUAAACCAUCUUUGAGAACCUCCGGCGCCCUGAAGCGAGCACUCAUGGGGUGUACAGUCAGUCAGGAGGACAAAGCGGCGGCCGAAAGGUCCCGGGGUAUCGACAAAACCCUCCGAGAAGACGGAGAAAAGGCAGCGAAAGAAGUGAAACUCCUGCUGUUAGGUGCUGGAGAGUCGGGGAAGAGCACCAUUGUGAAGCAGAUGAAAAUUAUUCAUGAAGAUGGUUACUCGGAAGAUGAGUGCAAGCAGUACAGAGCUGUGGUCUUCAGCAACACCAUCCAGUCCAUCAUGGCCAUCAUCAAAGCCAUGAGCAACCUCAAGAUUGAUUAUGAGGAACCAGGCAGAGCCGACGAUGCAAGGCAGCUCUUUGCCCUGGCCGGAGCAGCGGAGGAGCAGGGUCUUCUGCCUGAGGAUCUGUCCUGCGCCAUCGCCCGACUGUGGUCCGAUGGGGGUGUCCAGAGCUGCUUUGCCCGCUCCAGAGAGUAUCAGCUCAAUGACUCCGCCGCAUACUACCUGAAUGACCUGGAGAGGAUAGCCAAGUCGGACUACAUCCCGACCCAGCACGAUGUGUUAAGGACCCGUGUGAAAACCACAGGCAUCGUAGAGACGCACUUCACCUUCAAAGAUCUCCACUUCAAGAUGUUUGAUGUCGGAGGCCAGCGCUCUGAGAGGAAGAAAUGGAUCCACUGUUUUGAGGGAGUCACUGCCAUCAUCUUCUGUGUUGCCAUGAGUGCCUAUGACCUGGUGUUGGCUGAGGAUGAGGAGAUGAACCGGAUGCAUGAGAGCAUGAAGCUGUUCGACAGCAUCUGCAACAAUAAGUGGUUCACAGAGACAUCCAUCAUCCUCUUCCUCAACAAAAAGGAUCUGUUUGAGGAGAAGAUUGCACACAGUCCUCUGACCAUCUGCUUCCCUGAGUACUCAGGUGCCAAUAAGUAUGACGAGGCAUCAGAGUACAUUCGCACCAAGUUUGAGGAUCUGAACAAGAAGAAGGACACCAAGGAGAUUUACUCCCACUUCACCUGCGCCACCGACACCAAGAACAUCCAGUUCGUCUUUGACGCUGUCACUGACGUCAUCAUCAAGAACAACCUGAGGGACUGUGGACUCUUCUAGAGAAAAGGCUGAUGUAGGGCCGAGAUUACUUGAACUGUCGUGAUGAGCAGGUGAAGGUGAGAACGCGUCCUGACUGACUGCACUGGCCGAUUAUAACUGAUUCCUGCUUCAGUCUGGUUUUGGAAAGCUGGAGAGCCGGAGAGCUCAGAGGAGCCAAACACAGAAUUUCAGCCACCCUCCCGCAGCCCACCAGCGUCUUCUCUCCCUCUGUCCCUCUGCCCCCAACAGCUCCUUUCCUAUUUGAUUUUAGACAGCAGCUCCCCACCCAUCUUGUAUUAUUAACCUCUUUGGGCUCUGACCACAAAUCGAUCGUUGUAUUAUUUUUUUUUUUCCUUGAUGUUUUUCAUUGUUUAUUUUUCUUUUUUCUUUUUUUUUUUGGAUAGUAGCAAAGGCAACAAGAAACUUUUUAUAUGAAUACUUUCAUUUUACUCAAGAAAAUCUGAUGUGCAAAUUUUUAUUAAACUUUUAAUUGCAUAAAGUGUGUUUUAUAAACAGCAGCAGAGAUAAGAUUGAAAAGGAAAGUUUUUUUUUUUAAUGUUUACAUGUCAUCAUUUAUAGUCGGACAUCAUACAUCCUGCAUGGUGGAAGACAGCAGUUAUAUAGCAUAGUAAUCUCACAAUCUUGACAUCAUAACAUUCCUUUUAAAAUGGAAAAGAAAAAAAAAAAAUACAAAAUCUAGAAAAAGAACAAAAAGAUUAGAGAAGCAGCAGAAAGCCGUGCUGAAUUGAGCUGGUAUUUAAUGUAUGUAUGUAAGAAUAGUUCCUUUCCACUCUACCCUGACCUUACUCAUUCCACCUGCUGUUGUUUUUGCAUUCUGUUUGUGUCUUGAUUUCCAUUGGACUUUGACUUUUUUUUUUCCUUCACCUCCUCUACUGUACUCAUUGUCACCAUGUAAGGAGAAAUAGUUAACUAAUGAGUCAAAAAUCUAAUUGCGUUAAAAAGGGUAGUUUUUGGUAAAGUUUAAAUGCUUUGAAAAGUCCUAUAUAAUGAUUUAAUUUAAAUAAAGUUAAGUCACUAGAA